AUGACAGGGCGGAACCAACGUGGCCGUCAAUCAUGCUCAGGACGAGUGGGGGCGGGGGUCUAAGAAAGAGGCAGGCUGGAGUGGAGAAGCUUCUCAACAAGGCAAACAGCAGUGCUCUGCGAAAACGAGUUUUAUCUACCCGUGUUCAACAUCAACCUGGGGCCGACGAGCGACGUUGAAACCUCCCCGAGCCACCACUUAAAUGUUCUUAUGGAUUAUUAGCACACUUUCGUCGAAAAACGGACUCUUUUCUCAACUUGACACUGCAGCCUCGGAUCCGCCACACUGGUCACCUAAAGGAUUCAGAGAGAGAUGAAGACUCUGGAGGAGCCCCCUUACUUGACAGUCGGGACUGAUGUGAGUGCCAAGUACAGAGGGGCUUUCUGCGAAGCCAAGAUUAAGACAGCCAAGCGUCUAGUCAAGGCUAAGGUGACCUUUAAAUCAGAUUUGUCUACUGCUGAGGUCCAUGACGAAAGCAUUAAAGGGCCUCUAAAGGUGGGUGCUAUUGUAGAAGUGAAGAACCAUGAUGGAGUUUACCAGGAGGCCACAAUCAACAAGCUAACCGACGCGAGUAUUUACACAGUUGUAUUUGACGAUGGCGACGAGAAGACCUUAAGGCGUUCUUCUCUCUGCCUUAAAGGUGCCCGUCACUUUGCAGAAAGUGAGACACUUGACAGACUACCCCUCACCAAUCCUGAGCACUUCGGCACACCUGUCAUAGGCAAAAAGGGAAACCGGGGCAGGCGAUCCAACCCAAUCCAAGAGGAAGACCUGUCUUCAUCCUCCAGUGAAGAAGAGGAGAGUGAUCAACGGCAGAAUGAAGAUCUGUUUGGCAAAGUGGUCUGUGUGGAGGGAGUGUCCAUGGGGGAUAAAAAGAAACCCACGUGGUAUCCUGCACUAGUCAUCACCCCUGACUGCCAUGAUGACAUCACAAUGAAGAAGGAAAGCUUAUUUGUUCGCUCUUUCAAGGACGGAAAAUUUUACAUGGUGUUACGGAAAGAUGUUCGAGAAAUAAAUGCAGAUUCGCCCCCUAAAGCGGAUGCGGGAUUGAAGCCAGCGCUGGACGCAGCUUUGGAGUUCCAGCAACAAUUAGUAAUUCCUAGCAUCUGGAAGACUGAAGUGAAGGAGGAAAGCUCCAGCAGUGAAGUGGAUGAUGAGGAUGAAGAGGAGGAACAGGAAGAAGAUGCCAGUGGUGAAGAAGAAGAGGAGGAAGUGGAGCCAUAUCCCGAGGAAAGGGAGAACUUUCUUCAGCAGCUAUACAAGUUCAUGGAAGACAGAAGAACGCCCAUCAACAAGCGGCCUGUUCUGGGUUACCGGAAUCUCAACCUGUUCAAACUGUAUAGACUGGUGAACAAACUAGGAGGCUUCGAUAACAUUAAAAGUGGCGCCAUUUGGAAGCAAAUCUACCAGGACCUUGGAAUACCUGUCCUCAAUACAGCUGCUGGCUACAAUGUCAAAUGUGCUUACCGCAAGUACCUUUAUGGUUUUGAAGAAUAUUGCACUUCCACUGCCAUCACAUUCAAGAUGGACCUCCCUUUGAAGCAGGCCCUCAAGGGAGAGGCAGCGUCUGUGGGUGAGGGAGAAAACACAUCCGCCACAUCAACCAGCAUAGAAGAACAGAAGUAUCCUGGGAAUGGAGAACCAAUCAGCACACAAUCUGUAGUUUGCAAGGAGGAGAAGCUUGAGUUGGUUCUAAACAAAAAUGAGGGGGCAUCUUCAAAAGCUGAAGCAAAGGAUAGCAAUGGAAACGAUGAGGAGGAGGAAGACGAUGAGCCACACACAGGGGACACAGAUGAACGCUCAUCCACGUCUCGCCUCAGAGCUGAGAGCAUUAAACAGGAGCAUGAAGAGGAGCAUGAAAACAAGGACAACUCUGGGGAUGACAACAGUCAGGAUGGGGAGGAAGGGGAAGAGUUUGAGUGUUACCCCCCGGGGAUGAAGGUGCAGGUGAGGUAUGGGCGAGGCCGCAGUCUGAAGACGUACGAGGCCACUGUGAAAGAGGCAGACGUGGAGGGGGGAGAGGUGCUCUACCUGGUGCACUACUGUGGCUGGAACAUCAGAUAUGAUGAAUGGAUCAAAGCAGACAAGAUUGUUCGCCCAGCCAAUAAGAAUGUACAAAAAAUAAAGCACCGUAAAAAAAUAAAGAACAAAGUUGAGCGGGAGCGAGACCGGUUCGAGAGGCUCACUGAUAGAGAAGCACUCGGUCCUUCGCCCAACAAUAACCGUGUCCCUCGAUCUAAGUGUGACCUUAGCCCAGAUGUCUUUUCCAAACUAGAUCAGGGUGAGGACCAAGGUACUCAGCAGCAGACUCCAGCCAAGUCUAUAGAAAUUACUUCUAUUCUUAAUGGUCUGCAAGCCUCUGAGUUGUCUUCAGACGAGAGUGACCACGAGGGUGAGAAUGAGCAAAAUAAAGAAGACUGUGAUGCUUGCAGGGAUAUAAAAGGUGUACCAGAGCUUCAUAAAACCUCAGAACUUAGAGAGAGUGGUACUCAACCCAAUGGGUCCAGAUCUUCUGUAGUCUCAGGGAAGAACCAGGAGAUGAUCAACAGUGAAGUGGGGAAGCGCAAACUGGAUUUGAUUGGGGAGGCAAGCACCAGGAAAAGGAAAUCUGAAGGAGUAGUCGAAAGGAACCUUAAAAAUCAGUCUAGGGCUAAGAGGGCUACAAGGAGUGCAGAUUGGUUACCUUCAGUCUCUUCUAAAAAGUUGGAUGACAGGAGUACUGGUGCAAUGGAAGAGAGGGGGGCCUCAUCUAGCUCCAGCUCAGACGAUGAGGGCACCGCACUUGCUGAGGCCAGUGAACAAAGCCACCCAAAGACCAAAGCUUCCCCUUCCAAGAAAUACAAUGGGACAAAGGAGAAGAGCAAAUCCAGUAGACAAUCGGGGUUCUGGGACAUUCCUGACAAGAGGGCCAAGAUGUCUGGGAAUGGAGAGGAUAAGCCAGCUGUACGUGCUACGGGCCAAAAAGACGUGUGGUCAAGCAUUCAAGCGCAGUGGCCAAAGAAGACUCUAAAAGACUUAUUCUCCGAUUCAGACACAGAGGCUGCUAAUUCUCCUCCUGCACCUGUACCUUCCAGCCUUGAAGAUACAAGUGUUGAGCAGGAAGCAGGACCUGAAGAUGACGCUUCAGAGGAACACAUGGAUACUGACAAACUGCAAGAGUUCCCUAGCAGUGGCAGUAACUCUGUACUUAACACACCACCCACUACACCAGAGUCCCCCUCAGGUAGAGGCAGUACAUUGGAAGACUGCAGCCAAGCACCACCGCGUUCCCCACCAGCGCCACCCACACCUCCUGGUCUGCUUCCAGUGUCAUCUUCUGCAAAUCUCCUGCCAGGGUUGGUACAGGAGGAAGUGGCAUGCCGGCGCAGCGAGAGUGACAGCAGCACAGUUGAAGUGGAGAGCCUGGGCGGGGAGCUGCCUGACCUUCCUCGGGAUGAGGGGGCAGGCUCCCCACCCAAAGUGUUUGAUGCCCCGCUCUCCUCCAACAGCAGCAGCAACUGCAGCUUGGAGCUGAGCAGCAGCAGCCAGCAUGAGAGUGAGCACAAGUCCAAAGUAUCUGUGAGUCAGAAACGGCAAAAAGAAUCACAGACAGGCGGCGUCUCAAAGAAACACAAGCCAAACCGAAAGAGCCUUGGUGUGCCUCCCAAAAAAAAUAGGAAAACAGCCAACAGCAGUGACAGCGAAGACCAGUCUGUUUUGGAAGGCUCUGCCAAACCAACUUCCACCAAGAAUGACACAUCGGAAGUUAAGGUUGCUGUUUCGCCCAAGUGUCGCGGCCGAUCUCCCCCUUCAAGCCAUAAGUAUCACAAGCAGGGUGACACCGACCACUCACAACACCGGGAAAACCAUGGAAGAUCACCACGGGUUUACAAGUGGAGCUUCCAGAUGUCUGACCUGGAGAAAAUGAGCAGUCUGGAGAGGAUCUCAUUUCUUCAGGAUAAGCUUCAAGACAUCAGGAACCACUACCUCUCCCUCAAGUCUGAGGUCGCCUCGAUUGACCGCCGGCGAAAGCGCAUGAAGAAAAAGGAACUAGAAAGCACUGUGGCGGCAUCCUCCUCCUCUUCAUCCUCUUCACCGUCCUCGAGCUCACUGACAGCAGCGGUCAUGUUGACGCUGGCUGAUCAACCAGUGUCUUCAUCCUCAUCCUCAUCGCAGAACUCUAGUGUAUCAGUGGAGUGCAGGUGACAGGACAUAGCAGCAAGCCGCCACACUAAGCACUUAACCAGCACGCUGGGGCCACUGCCCCCAUUCCCUUCCCACAGGUUGGAAAAGUCAAGCUACUUACUGUAACGACUGGGGCACAACACCAGACCAGAGACAAACAAGAAACAAGCACUAUUUUCUAUUGACAACUGUUUUCUUGGCAAGCUAAUGGCACUUAAGUGCACUUUUCAGACGAUUGCUUACAGGGGGAUGAAAUUUGUCUAAAAAGAUCCACCAUUGUCUUUUGUGCUCUGCUUAAUUCUAAUUGAACAUUUAUAAGAUUACACUUUUGAAAGCAAUAACUGUUCCCGUUUGAUAAGAAAUGCGUUGGUACGGGGUGUUUUCAUUCAACUCCCUUUUGUGCUCUGUACUCGUAGCUGAGCUCAUUAUUUGAGGAAAUCAAGUGAACAUUGCCAUAUUGGCAAUAAGAGCGAAGUAUAUGUGUAAUUUAACCAUGUUAGCUGUCCACCACCAUCAUGAGAAAAAAAAAGCUUGCCCCUGACUCAAAUGACAGUGCUUAUAUCUUCUACAUGUUUGCAUUGAGUCUUGGAAGUCACUGAUAGCCGCAGUGGAUGGAUUAUGGUUAUGAUACUGUAGUGCCUUUUAGUUCUUUUCUAUGUGGCACUUGGAGGAAGGACGGAAUUUUUUCCCGGUCCUCCUCUCAAAUCAGAACCUGAAAUUAUCUCUUACAAAAACAAAAGAACUUAAGAAUGCAGUGUGAGUGAAUGUGUGCGUGUAUGUAUUUGAAGGACAGUGAAUGAUGGGUAGUGAUGGCUUUUAUCCGAAUAUGGUAAUAUUUAACUAAAUGUAGAAAUAUACUGGAUCACCUGUAAUUUACUACUGAAUUCUUAUCCAGCUUGGGUAUAAACCGUGCAAUGAUGAUGAACGCAAUGGCUGCAUACUUCACUCAUCUGCCUUUUUUUUUUUUUUUUUUUUU